AUGAGUAAAGCUGCACAAUUUGUUUCAUUCCACAAUUUGCAACGUACACCUCCAAUCUCCAAACCUCUCAUGCAUCUCUAUCACUUCUUCUUGGCGACCAUGGUCAUCCUGGUGAUGAGUACUGAAGUCUUCACUGAAAAAACUAUGCAAACAAGUUCGAAUGUCAAUCAGCUUCGUACUACGGAGCCUGCAGCAUCUGAUGAUGCCGCGACCAGCAACGAAGAGCGCCAUUACACUAUAGCUGUACCUCCGAACAUUGUACAAUCAAAAGCAGCCAAAGAAUUUACGACAGUCACCACCUACGACAAUAAUGGCUUAUUGCAACGCGUUGUCAAAUGGAUAGACACUUGGUUCAUAAAUUUCAUGUCGUAA